AUGCAUGAGCGACUCGUAUGGUCCGCCAUUGCCCAUGAAUACCAUGUGAUGAUCCAGGAGGGACUCAAGUACUCUUAUGUCACUAAUGGGGUCGCUCGUGUCCUUCUCUGCGUUCCAUACAACGAUCCUGGCAUAUUGUACUACUUUUUCUGUGAUCCUAACGGCAAACAAAGUCUUCAAGAGCCGACGACCUCCAUCGCGAGGGCUCUCUUCGACCACGCUCGUUCUCAGGCCCCUAAGGAGGUCUUACAGCAAAUCGAUGCGCACUCCGACAGUACCAACUCUGAAUAUGUAAGUUCAGAACCAAAUUCAGAGUACCAACCAUCAUCGCCUCCACUGGAAUCUCCAACAGCGGGUCGCCGAUCUCGAGAAACUUCAGGCUCCGACUUGAAUCAAGCGACCGGGCGCAAACGGGGCUUCAGCCAGGUCACAUCUUCCCCUUCCGCCCAACGAGUGACUCGGCUACAGACGGGUGGUAUCCUAGACUACUGUUGUCCAAACGUGAAGCUCCAUCGUCGGGGUCAAGAUUUCAUCAAUUACCCCAUCAACUCGGAGGACUUGAUACCUUUACUAAAAGCACAACUGGAUGAGAACAUUGACCGAUGCAUCCCCUUUGGAAACUGCGGGGCAUACGGUGCGUCGUUUAAACUUAUUUGUGCUGAAUACGGCUAUGUUUUCGUUGGGAAAGGGACCACAUCGGUCCUCUGGAAAGAAGUCUCUCGUGAAGCGCAGGUGUAUCACAUCCUACAAAAGGCUCAAGCAUCUGCUGUUCCUGUUUUUCUCGAUCAAAUUGACUUGGCAAAGGUAUGUUUUCUUCAUGGGGCUGGGGAGAUUCGUCACAUGCUCAUCAUAGGCUGGGGAGGCAAUAGCACCGCAACGAUGGAGCUCACACCGGAACUUCUCAAACAUAUUCACAAAUCCACUAAGGAAAUCAAAGCCUUAGGAACCGUCCAUGAAGACCUUCGGCCUGACAAUGUCCUUUGGAAUGAAGAGCUCGGGCGGGCGUUAAUCAUUGACUUUCACCGAUCUACCUUGAGACGUCGGUCAGUCCCAAAGCAACCACGAGCAAAGCCACAAUUUUUGUGA